AUGCGAAGCUGUUAUGGACGUGGAGCUCCUCUCCGAGGCGGCAUCUAUGUUGCAUGUUUGUCUGCUUUCCUGUUCUUUGGCUAUGAUCAAGGUGUACUCUCCGGACUUCUCCAAAACCCACACUUUCGAGAACAAUUCAACGAUCCAGACGAUGUCACUACCGGCAUCACCGUCGCGAGCUAUUGUCUAGGCUGCCUCGUGGGCUGCCUCUUGAGCUUCUUGCUCGGAGAUAUCAUUGGAAGACGGAAAUCGAUAUGGCUUGCCAUGGGACUGAUUGUUGUCGGGGCAUCUCUACAGGCAUCCGCAUUCUCGCUCGCACACCUCAUCGUUGGACGCGUGAUUACUGGUUUUGGAACUGGCAUUGAUAGUUCCACCAUUCCCAUGUACCAAUCCGAACUGGCCAAGAAGGAGAACCGUGGCAGAUUGGUAUCGUGGGAGAUCUUCUUUAUCGGCAUUGGGAUCGUCACUGCCUACUGGGUUGACUACGGGUUUUCAUACGUCGACAGCGACGUAGCCUGGCGCACACCAAUUGCCCUGCAACUGAUCUUCGCCAUUGUGGUCAUCUUCGUAGUCUGGGGUCUCCCUGAGUCUCCCCGAUGGCUAGCCAAGCGUGGUCGCGAGGCAGAAGCACAGGAGGUCAUCUGCGCAGUCUUCGAUCUCCAACCAGACGAUCCUUAUGUCUUGGAAGAAAUGGCCGCCAUUCGAGCCGCCGUCGCUCUCGAGCAGCGCGAGGGUACCAAAGGAUACAGCGCACUAAUCAAGCCUGACAUCCUCAAGACUCGGCGAAGAGUGAUGCUCGCAUGGGUUUCGCUGUUCAUGAACCAGUUGAGCGGAAUCAACCUUGUUGUGUACUACAUGCCGACUGUCCUAAGGACGAACGUCGGUCUGAGCCCAAACACCUCUUUGCUCAUGGCUGGAUUCGUCAAUUUGAUGUUCCCUAUCGGUAACCUGGCACCAGCUUUCGCGCUCGAUAGAAUGGGACGGAGACCGACUAUGAUGUAUGGAUGUGCGGCACUCAGCUUCUGCAUGGUCAUGAUUACUAUCCUCCUGUCCUUCGGCACAAAGGGUCCUUCUUCAGCUGCGAUUGGAUUCUUCUUCCUGUAUAUGUUGAUCUUCGGCGGAACCGUGAAUGUCGUUCCUUGGGUGUAUGGACCAGAGAUUCUUCCACUCGAAGCUCGAACCCGCGGUACAGCCAUCAGUGUCUCCGCGCAUUGGCUCUGGAACUUCUUCAUCGUCAUGAUCUCACCUGUCCUCAUCAACCGAAUCGGAUUCCAUACCUACAUCAUCUUUGCACUUCUUCUCGCCAUUUUCGUCCCAAUCGUAUACUUCUACUUCCCAGAGACCUCGAACAUCAGCCUGGAGGACAUCGACAAGAUUUUCCUUCCCGCUCAUUUGGAAGAGUACGCUACUCGUAACUCUUACGAUGGAGCAUCAGACUCUAGUAAGAACGAUAAGAAUGAAGUUCGUCAAGUCGAAAAGACUGUAUGA